AUGGCUGGGUUAGCUCAGACGACUAUAAGUAAGAUUCACCAAGUGUAUGAUCGCUGGAUGCCAAAAUUGCCAGCAGAGAUUACACCGCGUAAUGUACUGAUAUUUUGCGUCAUUUCAUUGUUGUGUAUUGGUACGGUGAUGGUGGCUUCGGCUUCAAUGCCUUAUGCAGAGCGGAUGCAUGAAAACGAAUUUCACUAUGUGAUUCGUCAUGCAAUUUCGAUCGUGGUGGCUUUUGUUGCAGCCGCAAUUACCUAUCGAGUUUCACUCAACCUUUGGUUUAAAAAUACCUUUCCAUUGUGGUUGAUCACCAUUGCUUUAUUACUCGCCGUCUUGGUGGUGGGUACGGAGGUCAAUGGUUCAACACGUUGGAUUCGUGUAGGUGGAUUUACCUUGCAGGCAACCGAAGUCGCCAAGGUGAUGAUGGCCAUAUUUACCGCAGACUAUGUGGUUCGUCGUGCUGAAGAAGUCCGUAAUAAUAUUAAGGGCUUGGUGCGUCUAGGUGUGGUGAUGUUGCUGACGGUCGGACUGAUUAUUGCAGAGCCUGACUUAGGGGCGACAGUGGUGAUAGCUGUUUCGAUGCUGGGCGUGUUCUUCUUGGCUGGCGCACCCAUGAUCCAGUUCGGCUUUGCAUUCGGUGCGAUUCUGGUGGCAUUUGUAUCCUUAAUCGUGUUUGAACCAUAUCGUUAUGAACGCUUAAUGUCAUUCUCAAACCCUUGGGCUGAUCCUUUGGGUUCAGGUUAUCAAUUGUCGAAUGCCUUGAUGGCCUUUGGUCGUGGUGAAUGGUUUGGGGUGGGCUUAGGACAUAGUAUUCAAAAAAUGUCUUAUCUGCCUGAAGCACAUACUGACUUUAUGUUGGCAAUUUUAGGUGAAGAAUUCGGUUUCUUUGGUAUUUCGACCGUUUUGCUACUCUCGUUUGUGAUGUUGAUUUGCUGUAUUCGCAUCGGUCAGCGUGCGCUCAAUCAUCAAUAUUUGCGCGCAGGAUAUUUGGCUUACGGGAUCAGUAUUAUUUUCUUAUUACAGAUCUUGGUGAAUGCUGGUAUGAAUAUGGGCAUGUUGCCGACCAAGGGGCUAACGCUUCCAUUUAUUAGUUAUGGUGGUUCAUCUUUAAUUAUGUGUGCGGUGAUGAUCAGUUUAAUUCUCAAAAUUGAUGCAACCACCAAGGAUGCCAAUCCAGCGCGAGAAGAGUCUAGACUUGUGGAACGAUAA